AUGGCUGAAUCAAAAUUACAGGUACAAGAGUUCAACGGACCUGAUCAUAUGGAAGAUUAUUUCUUGGUCUUCUUCAAAGGAGCAGAUAUAAAUAAUAAUAUAAAGCUAAUUCUGUGCUUUCUUUAACAGGUGGUGCUGGAAGUUAACAGUGAAUUUAUUGUUGAGGUGAAAGAAUUAGACAUGGAAAAUGGUACAACCACAUGGCAAACUGUCAGAAGACAAAAAAGGGAGUGGAUCAAGUUUGCUGCAGCUUGUAGAGAAGGAGAAGACAACUCAAAGAGGAAUCCAAUUGCCAAAAUUCGAUCAGACUGUGAAGUGAACCAGAAGAUUACAUAUCGCAUCUCUGGGGUGGGCAUCGACCGACCACCUUAUGGAGUAUUCACCAUUAAUCCGCGGACUGGGGAAAUUAACAUCACUUCAGUGGUGGAUAGAGAGAUAACUCCAAUUUUUUUGAUCUACUGCCGGGCUUUAAAUUCACGGGGUGAAGACUUAGAAAGACCUCUUGAACUUAGAGUCAAAGUGAUGGACAUAAAUGACAAUCCACCAGUCUUUACCCAAAAUGUCUACACAGCCAGUAUUGAAGAAAACUGCGAUGCGAACACACUGGUAGUAAAGUUAAGCGCCACAGAUGCAGAUGAAGACAACCACCUGAAUUCUAAAAUCGCCUACAAGAUCAUCUCGCAGGAGCCUGCAGGGGCACCCAUGUUCAUUCUGAACAGAUACACGGGAGAAGUCCGCACGAUGUCCAGUUUUCUUGACAGAGAGGAACACAGCAUGUAUACUCUCUUUGUGAGUGGAUCAGAUCGGGAUGGUGCCCCAGAUGGGUUGUCUGCCAACUGUGACUGUCGAAUCAAGGUUUUAGACGUCAACGAUAAUUUCCCCACCUUGGAGAAAACGGCAUACUCAGCAAGUAUUGAAGAAAACUGUUUAAAUUCAGAACUGAUGCGAUUGAAAGCAAUUGAUCUGGAUGAAGAAGGCACUGCCAAUUGGUUGGCAGAAUAUUUAAUUCUCUCUGGAAAUGAUGGAAAUUGGUUCGAUAUUCAAACAGACCCACAAACUAAUGAAGGCAUUUUGAAAGUUGUCAAGAUGCUGGAUUAUGAACAAAUGCCCAAUAUUCAGCUCAGUAUCGGGGUUAAAAACCAGGCUGAAUUUCACCACUCAGUGGCCUCUCAGUUCCGAAUGCACUCUACUCCUGUGCGGAUUCAGGUUGUUAAUGUCAGAGAAGGGCCCACAUUCCAUCCAAGCUCCAUGACCUUCAGUGUGCGAGAAGGAUUAAGGGGAGACUCCUUACUGAAUUAUGUGCUUGGCACAUACACCGCUGUGGACUUGGACACAGGAAACCCAGCAACGAAUGUCAGAUAUAUCAUAGGACAUGAUGCAGGCAGCUGGUUAAAAGUUGAUUCAAGGACUGGUGAAAUACAAUUUUCUAGGGAAUUGGACAAGAAAUCAAAAUAUGUUACCAAUGGAAUAUACACAGCAGAAAUCCUGGCUAUCGAUGAUGGCUCUGGAAAAACAGCCACAGGAACCAUAUGCAUUGAGAUUCCUGAUGUCAGUGACUACUGUCCGGUCGUUUUUACUGAAGGCAGGACCAUCUGCAUUGCCUCACCAUCAAUCCUUAUCUCGGCAAGAGGUAUUAACGACAAUGCGUAUGGGGCUCCCUUUACUUUCUGUGUUGUGGAUGAGCCGCCAGGGACCGCGGACUUAUGGGAUGCCAGAACCAUCAAUGGGACCUCCGCAAUCCUUACAGCCAAGCAACCUUUGUUUCCGGGCUCUUACCAAAUCCCCAUCUUAGUGACGGACAGCUUCAACCGAGCGUGUGAACUGCCGCAGAUCGUGCACUUAGAUGCCUGCGACUGUGACAGCGACCACACGUGCCUGUACUAUAGUACCACCAGCAUAUACACGGGGGACGUCGUCUCUGCUACUAGUGACGGAGGAGAUGGCUUUGUCACCGGUGACCGACUCGGGGAAUCGAACGUCAGGCUGGGCCCCGGGGGGAUCGCCAUGAUUGUGCUGAGCCUCUUAAUGCUGCUCCUGGCACCCCUCUUGCUGCUCAUAUGCUGCUGCAAACGAAGACAGCCCGAAGGGCUGGGGACCAGGUUUGCACCUGUGCCGGAAGGGGGAGAAGGAGUGAUACAGUCUUGGAGGAUCGAAGGGGCGCAUCCUGAGGACCGGGAUGUCUCAAAUAUAUGUGUACCAGUGACAGCCUCUAAUACCCAGGAUCGGAUAGAUUCUUCUGAAAUCUACACGAACACCUAUGCAGGCGGGGCAAUCGCUGAAGGAGGUGCAUCCGGCGUGGAGCUCAACUCCGCUCUGGGAACAGCUGCGGGCCUUGUAGCGCCGGGGGCUGCGGGGGCUACAAGGAGGCGGAGUUCAACGAUAGGAACCCUGCGGGAAUAUGCCGAGUCAGGCGUGAGCAUGGCUUUUUUGGACAGCUAUUUCUCCGAGAAAGCAUAUGCUUAUGCGGAUGAAGAUGAAGGUCGACCAGCAAAUGACUGCUUGCUCAUUUAUGACCACGAGGGAGUAGGCUCUCCUGUGGGCUCCAUUGGUUGUUGCAGUUGGAUUGUGGAUGACUUAGAUGAGAGUUGCAUGGAAACUUUAGAUCCAAAAUUCAGGACCCUUGCUGAAAUCUGCUUAGACACAGAGAUUGAGCCAUUUCCUUCCCACUUGGCCUGUAUACCUAUCAAUACUGACCUCCCUUUGAUUGGCCCUAACUACUUUGUUAAUGAAUCUUCAGGAAAGACUCUUUCAGAGGCUGAGUUCCAGGCAGAAAUGGCAAUGCCUGACCCCAUAGCUCAUGGGGACAUUAUAGUAACUGAGACUUACACUACUGCCGAUCAGUGUGUUCCGCCCACUACAAUUGUUUUUGAUCCUCAGCUUCCACCCAAUGUUGUCGUAACUGAAACAGUAAUGGCACCCGUCUAUGAUGUUCAGGGGAAUAUUUGCAUACCCGCUGAGUUGACCAACACACACAAUGUAAUCUAUACUGAGAGGGUGCUGUCCAGUCCUGGUGUGCCUGCUAUGAGCACCGGUAGUAUGGCUGAUGGUUGUUUGGGGCCAUUGAUGAGUGGUAGCAUUUUGCUAGGGCCUGAAAUUCAAGUGGUGACUCCAGAUGUUCGUAUAACCCAAACCACUGGUUCUACAUCCCCAGUGACCUCUCAACGUAGGGUCACACAAUACAGCAACAUACAUUACACCCCACAGUAAGUGCUUUAUGAUCAGCAUUCUAUAUGGAGAUCUUUUAUCCAGUAAUCACAAACAUACAUCAAAGAUGCAUAAUGAUUGUGCCACACUUAACACAUUAAUAGUCGAUAAACCCUCUAGGUUCAACCCUGCUCUUUAUCAUGCCUUUUUGGAAGGUUAAUAUGACAGUAUUUUAAAACAGUCUAUUUUAAUUUUUUCUAAUUUUGCAUCAUAUGCCAAAAAGUUUUAAGAAAAAUAUGGUACAUCCUUUGACAUUCUGCCUAAUAGCACACAAUUCGUGGGGAACCUUGAGGUCCAUAAAAUGAGCCAUAUAAACCGUUGUGACUUUAUGCUUGAAGGUUUAGAAAAACCAACAUUCUCUUCAUUUACAAGUUAUACUUAUCUUUAAAGAGGCAUUUCUAGUAAAAAUGUUUAAUUGAAAACGAAUGAAAUGUUCAUUUCUAAAAGAAGAUGACACUCCAAUCAAUAGAGGCAUUGAUCUCUUUUUAAAGUUUCUCAAAAUAUGCAAUACUUAUGGAAAAGAGUUUAUCAGCUGAAUUCAUCUCUGGAAAUGUUCCAUCCAAAGGAAUGAUAUAUUAUAUAUGCACAUAUGCAUAUAAAUCAAUAUGGAUGAGUUUUUAUUGCAUUUUAUUGUGUUAUAUCAUUAAAUGUAAAUUAAUUUAGAAUAGAAAAAAAAUUACAUGACAACCCUCUAGCAGGAACAGCUCUUGAGGGAAGAAUUGGAGUUUUUCUCCCUUACAGGGGAUUUUUCCCAUACUCAUGCUAAUUAUGCCAGAUAUAUAUGAUAUAUGGUUGAAUCCCUUUCAUUGUCCUGAGUCACUGAACUUUCCUUUAGCAAGCAGAUAAUUCCCAAAUGCUAUUCUAUAUUUAUUCACAUGUUCAACAAAUAUUUAGUUAGAAGCUCCUAUUUAAUAAGUGCUGGCCUCGGCCCUGUGACUUUAUAGGUGAAGAAUACAGGAUUCCUGACUACAUAGACCUUUUAUUUCUGUUCUGUACCUGAAACGAGACUUUGGGGGUGAUAGCUUCAAGUUCCUACCAAGAAAAAACAACAAAAUAUGCGGUUCAUUAGCAAAGAUUCUUUUUCUAAUGUUACUAUUUCUGUUGAGUGAAUGAGAUGAAAAUCUGCACGUAGAUUUCUUAUUUUUAGUAGGCACAAGGCUGGCUUGAAAUAAAUUCUAGCAAGAGUUUUAUUUAUUUCUGUAAAAUAUGUAAACUAUAUAGCAGUAACUAUAAUGUCCUAGUAGGGAAAUGUAAAUGAAAUAAAUAUGUCAGGGCUCCAUUCUUUUGGAAAGAAAUAAUUGUGCUGUUUCUGCUUAUUUUAUUUUGUUCCUUUAUGAAUAAAACUACCAUAGAAUUUGAGGCAUCUCAA